UACGUCAGGGUUGUAAGGUAAAUAAUUUGACAGCGCAGCAGCAUGUGUGUUGUGUUGUUGAUGCAGUAACGUUAGCUUCUGUAAAUGUUAUUGGAGCUACGCAAAGGUAAAUAGGAUUUGUGUGUGAUGCGCAACUUGAGGUUGCUGAAGAGCCUUCGUUGCUUGAAGCUACAAGUCCCGGGCACGCCGCAAUGUUUCACUGUUCGGACGGACACAGGCACCGUGCUCAUCGCUUCAGAAUACUCCGUCACAGAGUUGGACACACGAGCUGGCCAGGUGGUGAAUGAGGUGUCGUUGACAGUUGAGCGCUAUCUUCCAAAGGAUGGGGGUGGGACAGUUGUUGGUAUCCAAGACUUACCAGACCAGGAGUCUGUGUGUGUGGCUACAGCCACUGGGGAUGUCAUCCUCUACAAUCUGAACACUAACCAGCUGGAGUGUGUGGGUAGUGUGGACAGUGGUCUGUCAGCCAUGAGCUGGAGCCCGGACCAGGAGCUGGUCACUCUCACCACUGGUCAGGACACCAUUAUCAUGAUGACCAAAAACUUUGAACCCAUCACGGAGGUUGGGAUCCAUCAGGAUGACUUUGGAGCGGGGAAGUUUAUCACAGUGGGCUGGGGGAAGAAAGAGACCCAGUUCCAUGGUUCAGAGGGCAAGCACGCUGCCCAGAGGAAGAUUAUAGAGGUGCUGCCGGCCAUGUCGUGGGACGACCGCAGGCCGAGGGUGACUUGGAGAGGAGACGGGCAGCUCUUCGCUGUGAGCGCAGUUUGCCCCCUGACUGGCGCCAGGAAGGUCAGAGUGUGGAACAGAGAGUGUGUCUUACAGUCGACAAGUGAAACCGUCAACGGUCUGGAGCAGUCACUGUGCUGGAAACCGUCAGGUAGUUUGAUAGCGGCCACACAGCGUCAUCCUAACAAGCACAGUGUGGUGUUUAUGGAGAAGAACGGCCUCCUGCACGGCGACUUCACCCUGCCCUUUGGCAAAGAACAGGUCAAGGUGAAGGAGCUGCUAUGGAACAGUGACUCGACUGUGUUGGCUGUGUGGCUGGAGGACAUGACACCAGGAGAGGGGGGUCAAGUCAACACAUACAUUCAGCUGUGGACGGUAGGUAACUACCACUGGUACCUGAAGCAGAACCUGUACUUUGGCAGCGACCCCCAGAGGGCACCAGCCUACGUGAGCUGGGAUCCUGAGAAGCCUCUGCGGCUGCACCUGGUGACCCGAGGCUGGGUCAGCCUGAACUACGACUGGGGCUGGAGCACCGACCGCAGCCACGGGGAGGACGGGCAUGACAAUGCCAACGUGGCCGUGAUCGACGGAGACAAGGUCCUCGUAUCAACGUUUCGUCAGUGUGUGGUGCCCCCGCCCAUGUGUGCCUAUGACCUUCAGCUUCCCGCCCCCGUCAACCUGGUGACCUUCCAGCGCCAGAGGACCAAUGAGCUGGCAGCGCUCACAGCCGAUGGACACAUCUCUGUCUACGGCCAAGGUACUGCGGAACUGAGUGAGCCUGCAGCCGGAUUGGGAGGAUUCCGAUCUGUCACACACGCCCCUCAGCUAAAGGCAACCUACAGGGUUGCGGUGGAUCAGGAGGAGCCCCUGGCUCUGCGUCUGCUGCUGUGGCUGAGGGAGGAUGUGUUCCUGGGGGUGGGGGCCUGUACAGACGGGUCGUCCCAGUCCAAGAUGCUCAUCCUGGGACCCUCAGAGGCCCAGGGACCCCAGCCAACCCUGGAGAUCAGGUCACAUGUGGAGGUUGAAGGUCACGUGAUCAGCAUGUGUCACAGCUCCAAGACGGGCACGGUGGCGCUGCAGCUGGAGGACGGCCAGAUCAGGAAGUUCCUCUGGGACUCUCUGAAGCCUAGUGUGGUGGAGUGGCAGGACUCAACAGGCUGCAGAAUCAACUUCCCAGAUCCCUGUGUGCAGACGGCCCUGUUUACCAUAGAAGAGGAGCAUCUGUUAGGCCUUACGGACCGAUCUCACCUGUUUGUUGGUGAGACAGAGGUGGCCUCCAACGUUUCCUCCUUCGUGGUCUACGACGACUUCCUGCUACUCACCACACACUCGCACACUUGCCGCUGCUUCCGACUCACCACGCUCACUGUCAAAGGGCUGCAGGUGGCCUUGGCUACCGACGGAGGUCAGAAUCAGAAUGACCAGAAUGACGAGACUCUCCGCAGGGUAGAGAGGGGCUCCAGAAUCGUCACUGUGGUCCCCCAGGACACCAGGCUCAUCCUACAGAUGCCUCGCGGUAACUUGGAGACCAUCCGCCAUCGAGCACUGGUUUUGGCUCAGCUCCGAAAGUGGCUGGACAGUCAGAAGUUCCGAGAGGCCUUUGAGUGCAUGAGGAAGCUGCGGAUCAACCUCAACCUGAUCUACGACCACAACCCCAAGAAUGGCACAUGCAACAAGACUGUGGUUGCUUUCGGGCAGGUGUUUUUAGAGAGCGUGGAGACUUUCCUGAGACAGCUGGACUCUAUCAAUCACAUCAACCUGUUCCUCACAGAGCUCAAGGAGGAAGAUACCACUACAACAAUGUACCCUUGUCCAGUGAACACUACAGGACAGUCAGCCCCUGUGGCUUGUGGGAAAAAGGUGGAUAUUGUGUGUGAUGCGUUGCGCUUCACCAUGGAAUCUAUGGACCAGCACAAGUACUGUCUGUCUAUUUUGACGUCACAUGUGAAGAAGACUGUUCCUGAGCUGGAGGUUGCCCUGCAGAAAGUCCACGAGCUUCGAGUGAACCCACCCAGUGCUGCCAACGCAGUGAGUGCGGAGGAGGCUCUGAAGUACCUGCUGUUCUUGGUCAAUGUCAACGAGCUGUAUGAACACUCUCUGGGCACCUACGACUUUGACUUAGUCCUCAUGGUGGCCGAGAAGUCCCAAAAGGACCCCAAAGAGUACCUUCCCUUCCUGAACAUGCUGAAGACUCUAGAGCCCAACUACCAGCGCUACACCAUCGACAAACACCUCAAGAGAUACAGGAAGGCCUUGCAUCACCUCAGCAAGUGUGGUGAGGAGCACUUCACCGAGGCCCUGAAUCUGGUGAAGGACCAGAGGCUGUAUAGUGAAGCCCUGGGGCUCUACCCAACAGACAGCCCUCAGUACAAGGCGCUGAGCUGUGCCUACGCCGAGUACCUGGUGGAGCAGCAGCAGGCGGAGCAGGCAGGGUUGUUGCUGUGGCGCUGCGGCGAGGCGACACGCGCCCUCCAGGCCUUUGUGGGCAGUGCCAGCUGGAGGAACGCCCUCUGUGUGGCAGAGCAGAUCCCCCUGCCAUCCGACCAGCUGGCACUGCUGGCCAGGGACCUGGCAGAGAAACUGAUAGAGCUCAGAAGAUAUACGGAGGCGGCCAUAUUGUUGGAGCGGUAUGCCAAGGACUGUGAGGAGGCCAUCUCAGCUCUGAUCACAGGUGCAGUCUGGGAAGAAGCACUUCGAUUGGUGUAUUUGUACAACAGACAAGACAUCAUUGAAACGAACCUCAAACCAGCUCUCUUGGAAGCAUGUAGUUCUCAGACCUCUUACCUGGAAGCUCAGAAGGCGAUGUUCACUCGUCACAAAACCCGUCUGUCCGUGGUACGGGAGCUUAAGGAAAAAGCCAGGCUGGAGUUACUGGAUGAGGAUGUCCCAGACUGUCCGGAGGCAGAGCUCUACUCAGAGGCCAGUAGUGUGAUGACAGGCAGCCAUGCCGGCUCCAAGUACUCGCAUAGUAACUCCCGCAUCUCCUCGAGGUCGUCUAAGAACCGCCGGAAGGCCGAGCGCAAGAAGCUGAGUCUGAAGGAAGGGACCCCCCUAGAGGACAUGGCCCUGCUGCAUGCCCUGGCAGAGAUCAUCCACUCUGUGGACAAGAUGAGAGAAGAGGUGCACAGCCUGCUGAAGGCCCUGGUGCUGUUCCAGUUUGACGGACAGGCAGGGAGGUUGCAACAUGCAUAUGGGGAGGCUCUCCAAAUGAUAGAGGUGGCCCUUCCCGAGGUGUGGCAGGAGGGUCUUCAGCAGACCCAGGCACCGAUCACAGGUCCUAACUCCACAGCCAACAGCAUCAUGGCUUCAUUUCAACAGACAAGAACCUCAGCAACCCAAGAUUCAGAGACCCCACCACCCCCAAAAAUGAGAAACGGUGUCAAGUGGAAGCUGAGUAUUCUGAAGUAGCUUUUUGUCAAAACGGCUUU